GGAGUACCGCACGGAGGUCGCGCGCGCGUCUGAUCGCGUACAGGCUGCGGGUAUUUCCGUUCCUCCGCGAACAUCACCCGUCUAAUUAUUAUUUAUUAAUUAUUGUUAAUAUUAUUAUCAUUUUUGGUAUUUAUGACACGGUGUGUAAAAUGUCCUUGGAGCGAAUGGCCUGUCCGGCUUUACGCUGCUGCUGUGUGUUUGCCACUGGAUUCACCCGACUCCUCGCUUCCCGUCAGUAACCUGCACAGAAAUGGACUGGAGCAAUGACUCCCACUUCUCAUGUUGACCUUUUUUGUAAAUAGGAUUUCAUUUUGAAUGGAGCUACAGUUUAUCGCACUUUAAAAUUAACAAGCCAGGACAAUCAGACUCCAGUAUGUAGAACCAAAAGCCUGAACUUUAGAGAUCUGCAUCAGGAGAAGUAGAUCAGUCUAGACGGCGACUCAGACCAGAAGGCAUCAUGGGGGAAUCUGUGAACAGCACUGUGGCGUUUCAGCCUAAAAAGCAGAGGACUGACAGCGGCGGGCAUGAGGGGGAUUUCGGAGUUUCUCUGGAGGAACUGAGGAAUCUAAUGGAGUUAAGGGGAGCAGAGGCACUCCAGAAAAUACAGGAGAGCUAUGGAGACACAGAAGGACUCUGUCACAGACUGAAAACUUCACCAACAGAUGGUUUAUGGGACGUUCCCGCCGACCUGGAGAGACGAUGGCAGGUUUUUGGGCAAAACUUCAUCCCUCCGAAGAAGCCAAAGACGUUUCUUCAGUUAGUGUGGGAGGCGCUGCAGGACGUCACGCUCAUUAUCCUGGAGAUCGCCGCCAUCAUCUCGCUCGGCCUGUCCUUCUAUCGACCGCCAGACGGAGACAGCGAAGCUUGUGUCAGCGUGCUGGGCGGAGUGGAGGACGAGGGCGAGUCCGAGGCCGGAUGGAUAGAGGGAGCAGCGAUCCUCCUCUCCGUCCUGUGCGUGGUGUUGGUCACUGCCUUUAAUGACUGGAGUAAAGAGAAGCAAUUUCGCGGCCUUCAGAGCCGCAUCGAGCAGGAGCAGCGUUUCAGCGUCGUCCGGAACGGGGUCGUCGUCCAGAUCCCCGUCGCCGAGAUGGUGGUCGGGGACGUGGCCCAAGUCAAAUAUGGUGAUCUACUUCCUGCAGAUGGGAUUCUGAUUCAGGGAAACGACCUGAAGAUUGACGAGAGCUCCCUCACCGGAGAGUCGGAUCACGUCCGUAAAGACGUGGAGCGAGACCCCAUGCUGCUGUCAGGCACGCAUGUAAUGGAGGGAUCGGGGAGAAUGCUGGUGACCGCAGUCGGGAUCAACUCUCAAACCGGAAUCAUCUUCACGCUGCUCGGAGCCGGAGAUGUCGAGGAGGAAAAGAGAGAAAUCAAAAAAGCAGAGGUCACUAGUAGCUCAUCCAUCCGGUUUUCUGGCAUUUCUACCAAAACGUGCAGCGUUGUUAAUGGAAAACAAGAUGGCGCUCUGGAGAACAAUCAGAACAAAGGGAUUAAACCGGACGAAUCUGUUGCCAUGGAGAUGCAGCCUCUAAAGAGUGCAGAGGGCGGAGAGAUGGAGGAAAAAGAUAGAAAGAAAUCAAGUGUUACCAAAAAAGAAAAGUCGGUGCUUCAGGGGAAACUCACCAAACUGGCGGUGCAGAUCGGGAAAGCAGGUUUAGUGAUGUCAGCCAUCACUGUCAUCAUCCUGAUCAUGUACUUCGUGAUAAAGACGUUCAUUAUUCAGGGGCGCUCGUGGCUCUCCGAGUGCACCCCCAUAUAUGUGCAAUACUUUGUGAAGUUUUUCAUCAUCGGGGUGACCGUGCUGGUCGUGGCCGUUCCUGAAGGCUUACCGCUCGCCGUCACCAUCUCGCUGGCUUAUUCUGUAAAGAAAAUGAUGAAGGACAACAAUCUGGUGCGCCAUCUGGACGCCUGCGAGACGAUGGGCAACGCCACGGCAAUCUGCUCGGACAAGACGGGAACGCUGACCACCAACCGCAUGACAGCUGUCCAGAUCUACGUAGGAGACCGACACUUUACGGAAAUCCCAGAGCCGCGACAAAUCAACACAAACACGCUGGAGCUGCUUGCUAGCGCCAUCUCCAUCAACAGCGCCUACACCUCCAAGAUCACGGCAGCUGAGAAGGAAGGCGGUUUACCGAAGCAGUUGGGUAAUAAGACGGAGUGCGCGCUGCUGGGUCUGGUGCUGGAUCUAAAGCGUGAUUAUGAGUCUGUACGAGAGCAGGUUCCAGAAGAGAACCUCUACAAGGUCUACACCUUCAACUCCGUCCGCAAGUCCAUGAGCACUGUCAUCCAGCUCCCAGAUGGACACUUCCGCAUCUACAGCAAAGGAGCGUCCGAGAUCCUGCUCAAAAAGUGCUCUUCCAUUUUGUCCCAGAGCGGUUCGGCUCGUCCUUUCGGACCUCGAGAUCGUGAUGAAAUGGUGAAGAAGGUGAUCGAGCCGAUGGCGUGCGACGGCCUCCGGACGAUCUGUGUAGCGUAUCGCGACCUGCCUAAAGAUCCACUGCCCGAGUGGGACAACGAGGCCGAGAUCAUCAAUAACCUCGUCUGCGUCGCUGUGGUGGGAAUCGAGGAUCCAGUCCGACCAGAGGUUCCCGAUGCUAUCAGGAAGUGCCAGAGGGCGGGAAUCACGGUGAGAAUGGUUACGGGAGAUAACAUCAACACUGCACGUGCCAUUGCCGCUAAAUGCGGCAUCGUUAACAUCGGAGACGACUUCCUGUGCAUGGAGGGGAAAGACUUUAACCGGCGAAUCAGGAACGAGAAAGGCGAGGUCGAACAGGAGCGCAUCGACAAGAUCUGGCCCAAACUCAGGGUACUGGCGCGCUCAUCUCCCACUGACAAACACACACUCGUCAAAGGUAUCAUAGACAGCACGAUAGGAGAACAGAGGCAGGUUGUGGCGGUGACCGGCGACGGUACGAACGAUGGUCCUGCGCUGAAGAAAGCUGAUGUUGGUUUUGCGAUGGGUAUUGCGGGGACAGACGUGGCGAAGGAGGCAUCUGACAUCAUUUUAACAGACGAUAACUUCAGCAGCAUCGUGAAGGCGGUGAUGUGGGGCCGAAACGUUUACGACAGCAUCUCCAAAUUCCUGCAGUUCCAGCUGACCGUCAACGUGGUGGCUGUUAUAGUGGCUUUCACUGGGGCCUGUAUUACACAGGACUCUCCCCUGAAGGCCGUGCAGAUGUUGUGGGUGAACCUGAUCAUGGACACCUUCGCAUCUUUAGCUCUGGCCACCGAGCCGCCCACCGAGUCGCUCCUGUUACGGAAACCUUACGGCCGCAACAAGCCGCUCAUCUCCAGGAACAUGAUGAAGAACAUCCUCGGGCAUGCGGUGUAUCAACUCGUCAUCAUCUUCACACUCCUGUUUGUCGGUGAGAAGAUAUUCGACAUCGAUAACGGCCGUGACGCUCCUCUCCACGCUCCUCCGUCUGAGCAUUACACCAUCAUCUUUAACACCUUUGUUCUCAUGCAGCUCUUUAACGAGAUCAACGCACGCAAAAUCCACGGCGAGAGGAACGUCUUCGAUGGCAUCUUUGCUAAUCCCAUCUUCUGCUCCAUCGUACUGGGGACGUUUAUUAUACAGAUUGUGAUUGUGCAGUUUGGAGGAAAGCCGUUCAGCUGUUCACCACUAAAUGUGGAGCAGUGGCUCUGGUGUCUGUUUGUAGGAGUGGGAGAGCUGAUCUGGGGUCAGGUGAUUUCGUCUGUGCCGACGAAUCAGCUGACGUUUCUGAAGGAGGCGGGGCUUGGCCCGGCAGCUGAUGAUAUCACGGAUGAAGAUCUGGCCGAGGAUGAGGAGGAGAUCGACCAUGCAGAGCGAGAGCUGAGACGAGGACAGAUACUCUGGUUCAGAGGACUAAACCGCAUUCAGACGCAGAUGGAAGUAGUCAGCACGUUUAAGCGCAGCGGCUCGUUUCAGGGUGCCGUCCGUCGCCGCUCCUCCAUCCUCAGCCAGCUGCAUGACGUACCCAACACACACACACACAUCCGAGUGGUGAGAACUUUCCACAGCUCUCUGUACGACGGAAUGGAAAAAUCUGACCUUCCCGACGCGGGCCACGAGCUCCAGGCCCCGCCCGAGUUCAUCAUCUCCGAUGCGGGAUGCAGGAUUCCACUGAUCGACGAGACGGACAUAGACGACCAAUCGGAACGCGCCGAUUACAACCACGUGACCCACCAUCAGCGUAGGAGUCCCUCGCGCUUCCCUCACCGUCAACAGAGUCUCCCUGUUAAGUUCAACUGCAACAAUAACACAUCCGAGAGAAGAGUGUGUGUGUGACUGGAGGUCGAAGGUCAUCGCUCAUCGAGUCGCACGAAGGAGAUUUUAUAGAGUGAGAUUUUAUAUAAAGUAUUAAAAGAAAUUCUGAUCAUUUUCAAAACUCUGUUUCCUUUGCUUGGCAAUGUUACACACCGAACGUGACGACCGUUUUUGCUCGACCUGAUUUUAAAGCCGAUAAACUUCACUCGGUUGUGUAGAUACAGUAUAAAGAGGAAUAAUGUUCAUAAUUAAUGACACCUUUUAAUUGAUAAUGUUACUCUUCUGAUCAUCAUUCCAGUUCGAUUAUAUGUAAAUUAGAUUCUGAAUGCAUUAGCUUUAUAUACUUCUGUGUGUGUGUGUGUGCGUGUGUGUGUGUGUGUGGGUGUGUUACUUGUUACAUAUAUAAUACAAGUCUUUGUUUAUUCGUCCUUACAGUCUUGUGUAUCUGACUUGUGAGUGUGUCGUGUGUUUGUUGUGUUACUGAACUAAUUUGUUUAUUAGGAAUAUAAACAUAUAUAAUUAAAGCUAAUUCAAAUAAAUAUGCUGCACAUGAGGGUUAUUCGAUGCUGACGGAUGUUAAAGGAGGUUUAUUUUCUUUAUUGCUUUUUGUAGAGAGAGAGAGAGUGAGAGCGCGUGUUAGUGGAUGUUGGAUAUAUCUCAUCCUGAAAAGAAACACCUGGAUUUCCAUGUGUUUGCUAUGUGGGUUUUAUAGGAAGACUAUUUUUUAUUAUUAUUAUUAUUAUUAUUAUUAAUAUUAUUUGUGUUUCAUGAUGCACACACUCUUUUUCGCCAUCAUUGUUAUUGCCACAUUGACAUCCUUGUG